GCCGCCGCCCGGGCCGCGCCGCCGCCGGAGCCGGCCGUUGCUGGGCAUGCUCCCUGAGUGCCCCGCACCGACAUGGCGCUUGUCUUCACUGGGGUGACUUUAAGUCUCGGCUCUCGGGUAUAGCCGGCCGGCGUUCAUUUCCAGAGGCCCUGAGCGCGGGGGUGGAAGGUGCGGGGCUGCGGGCGUCGGGGCCGGCUCCUGGCGGGAGGAAGAUGGCCGAGGGCGAGCGGCAGGCGCCGCCAGAUUCUUCGGAGGAGACCCCUGCAGCCACUCAGAACUUUAUCAUUCCAAAGAAGGAGAUCCACACGGUUCCGGACAUGGGGAAAUGGAAGCGGUCUCAGGCCUACGCCGACUACAUCGGAUUCAUCCUGACCCUCAACGAAGGUGUGAAGGGGAAGAAGCUGACCUUUGAGUACAGCGUCUCUGAGGCCAUUGAGAAACUGGUGGCUCUUCUCAACACCCUGGACAGGUGGAUUGACGAGACUCCUCCCGUGGACCAGCCCUCUCGAUUUGGGAAUAAGGCCUUCAGGACCUGGUAUGCCAAACUGGACCAGGAAGCAGAAAAUUUGGUGGCCACAGUGGUCCCCACCCAUCUGGCAGCUGCUGUGCCUGAGGUGGCCGUUUACCUAAAGGAGUCAGUGGGGAACUCCACGCGCAUCGACUAUGGCACAGGACACGAAGCAGCCUUUGCUGCUUUCCUCUGCUGUCUCUGCAAGAUUGGGGUGCUCCGGGUGGACGACCAGAUAGCUAUUGUCUUUAAGGUGUUCAAUCGGUACCUUGAGGUGAUGCGGAAACUCCAGAAAACAUACCGGAUGGAGCCAGCGGGCAGCCAGGGCGUGUGGGGCCUGGAUGACUUCCAGUUUCUGCCCUUCAUCUGGGGCAGUUCCCAGCUGAUAGAUCACCCGUAUCUGGAGCCCAGGCACUUUGUCGACGAGAAGGCCGUGAACGAGAAUCACAAGGACUUCAUGUUCCUGGAGUGUAUCCUGUUUAUCACCGAGAUGAAGACGGGUCCCUUUGCCGAGCACUCCAACCAGCUGUGGAACAUCAGCGCCGUCCCCACCUGGUCCAAGGUGAACCAGGGCCUCAUCCGCAUGUACAAGGCCGAGUGCCUGGAGAAGUUCCCCGUGAUCCAGCACUUCAAGUUCGGGAGCCUGCUGCCCAUCCACCCUGUCUCCCUGUGCUAGGAGGCCGAGCAGCCGGAGCCGUGUUCCUGUGUCCGCCCCCGCCCCAGCCAUGUCCCCUCCCGCCCCCCCCUGUUCUUUGUUCGGUGAGAGGCUGUUUGCUGGGGCUGUGAGUGCGGGGUGGGGAAGGCCAGGGCAUAAGGCUGAAAUACCCAGGUUGAGACACGUGACCAAAGUGGGGCCAGUUUCCUGACUUCCGCCAGGUGGAUGGUCCCUGCGCCCUGCGCCACCCCAGCCCCUCUCCUCCCCCUGCCGCCCGUUUGAGAUCCAGGCUGUUCUGUGCAGGCGGGAUGGAGGCGUUUGCUGAUUUUGUUGCUCUCGGGGUUGGAGCAGUUGCUCCCACGGGUGGGUCCAUUUCCCAAGCUGGGUUUGGGGGCGGGUGUAUGAGGCCGGAGGCCGAGGCCGAGGCGGAGGCUGGUGGCGGCCUUGGCUUGAGGGAGCCUUCGAGUACCUGUGCUCAGUGCCUCGUCCUGGCUUUUUCCGUUCUCUGGCCUUGACUUUGCUGGGGCUGCUCCCUUUGUGUGGGCUGGGCUUCUGUGAGGCCGUCUCUCAGCUUUCUGGGGGGGCAGACGGCAGGGGCUGGGGGCGGCAGAGGCCGAGGAGGGGCGCUGGCCAGCUGUUGGAGACCCCAGGUUCCUCUCCGUACAUUCUUACGACCACUUGUUUCCUCUCCGCGCUUGCUUUCCCAGGCCGGGCCCUGCUUCCGCCCCUGUGGCCGGUGGUGAGUGGCUGCAGGAGGCUCAGCCAGCCUGCUCUCUGGUCCUCCCACCUCCCUGGCUCUGCUCAGGAGGAGGGCGAUGGCCCCCGAGCCCAGGCUUUGGCUCUGCGGAUGGCAGGCCCCCCCAAAGGGUGAGCGUGUCCAUUCCAGAGUUCCCAGCGCUGCUCCCGGGCUGGCUCUGGCAGACCCUCCCUGCCCAAGCCAGGCUGCCCUCCGCGCCCACCACGCCGCACCCUCUGGGAACGGGAGCACACAGAAGCACAACCAGGGCUGACCUGGGAUCCGGGUCAGUGGCCUGGCAGAGGCUGGGACGGGAGCCACUAGCGUCACAGAAAUAAUUUCCCAGGAGAGGCCCCAUCAGUGUCCCCUCCCUCCGGGUCAGACACCGCCUUCUGUGCCCCCCAGGCCCUCUCAGCCCCUUGGCGCCUUCAUUGCUGUUCGGAUUAAAGCCUCUGUUUUGCACCUGU